GAUAUACUCAGUCCUAAAAGCCGCCAGUGGAACUCCAUCUAAGGACCGAGCACACUCCGAGUCUGCCUCCACAGACCAACAAGCACACAACCCAUCCGACAUGGCUGACCAACUAACAGAGGAGCAGAUUGCAGAGUUCAAGGAGGCUUUCUCCUUAUUUGACAAGGACGGCGAUGGAACCAUCACCACCAAAGAGCUGGGCACUGUCAUGAGGUCGCUGGGCCAGAACCCCACAGAGGCCGAGCUACAGGAUAUGAUCAACGAGGUGGAUGCUGACGGUAACGGAACCAUCGACUUCCCAGAGUUCCUGACUAUGAUGGCCAGAAAAAUGAAGGACACAGACAGCGAGGAGGAGAUCCGUGAAGCUUUCCGAGUAUUUGACAAGGACGGAAACGGCUACAUCAGCGCCGCGGAGCUCCGUCACGUCAUGACAAACCUGGGCGAGAAGCUAACGGACGAGGAGGUGGACGAGAUGAUCAGAGAAGCAGACAUCGAUGGAGACGGWCAGGUCAACUACGAAGAGUUUGUACAGAUGAUGACUGCAAAGUGAAGCUUGCCCGCCCCAUCCAGCCCCUCUUAGAAGAAAAAGAAUAAAAARARAAAAAAACAAUGUUUUACUUACCUCUUAAAAAAUGUUCAUUUAUUCAUACUGUUUCUGUAUAGAAAAUAAUUGAAUGUUGAAAUAAAAUAUUCUUCUGUCCACACAGGAAAAAUAUAUAAAAAUGUACAAAAAAUGUCUGCAUGAAAAACGAUGGUUAGUGAUUCCGUUCCCCCUCCCCCUGAAGAUCAGUUUAGCAUCGAGUAAAAAAAAUAAAACAACAAAGGAAACAACAACAACUAUCCCUGUUAUCUUCAGACUAAAAGCAUUUGGCGAACUCCUUCCAGUUCCAUUUGCUAGUGGUAAAUGUCUGGGGCUUGCCAUCUCUUCUUUCUCUCUGUUUUCUGUUCUUCAUGCAUGCAGCUUGAGACCGGAGCACUAAACCCCCCCUCACCUCCCCCGUCCCAUCCCGUCCCCCUUCCUCCGGGCUACCAGAGCGUGCUGAUUUCACUCUAAGCUGUCCUCUUGUUGGUUUGGUACAGUUUUUUUAUUUUUUGUAUUUGCAGAAGAGCCCUGUACUGUUAAGAUGAGAGAAUAAACCAGAUUCUCACUUCAAGCAUUAAAGUGGAUUGCUAGAUAAAGAGAGAGAGAAAAAAAAUGUACAAAAACUACAUUUUCAAUUGUUAAGCAUGUUCUUUUUGGUUUUAUUUGAAUGGCCAUCUUAGUAGUUGUUUGUCCUUUCCCUUUUUUUUUUCUUCAAGAAGUAAAUGGGAGGAUUUAAAGUCUUACAGUGAGCUUUUGUUUGUUUUUGUUUUUUUCUUUGCUGAGAUGGAGUGUCUGUCCUCUUUUCUUGCGAGAGAGAAUCACUGGCCUUCACUUUUUUUCUUUUUGUUUUUGUUUUUUUUUCUUGUUUUUUGACUCAGACCAGAGAGCAAAUGGUGAGGGGCGAGCUGUGCAGCCGUUCGUCUGAGUUCAGUUUACAUUCAUUCCAAGUUGUACAUGCUAGACUUUAUUAUUAUUAUUAUUAAUUUUUUUUUUCAAAUAAAAGACCAUGAACUUUA